UCCUCCGUUUCUUCCCUCGCUGAGAAUUUAUUAAGGCAUGGAGCAUGCAGCUAGAUAGAACUGUCAAAGGAGAAAUCACAAUCAAGAAGAGACUAAUUAAAAUGGGGAUACAGGGUCUUUUGCCCCAGUUGAAAUCGAUCAUGGUCCCGAUCCACAUCAAGCAGCUCGAGGGUUGCUAUGUAGCGGUCGACACAUAUUCUUGGCUCCACAAAGGUGCCUUAUGUUGCAGUACCGAGCUUUGCAAGGGGCUACCUACAUCCAGGCACAUUGAGUAUUGCAUGCGUAGAGUAAAUUUGCUGCGUCACUAUGGUGUAAAGCCUAUUCUUGUAUUUGAUGGAGGCCUACUACCAAUGAAGAGCGAACAGGAGAACAAGCGUGCGAGGGUGAGAAAGGAAAAUCUUGCACGUGCUGUUGAACAUGAGUCACAUGGAAAUUCUGCUGCUGCUUUUGAGUGCUACCAGAAAGCUGAUAUCUCCCCUCUGGUUGCAUGUGAACUAAUUCAGGUGUUGAAACAGGAGAAAGUGCGUUAUCUUGUUGCUCCUUAUGAGGCAGAUGCCCAGAUGACAUUCUUGGCAGCUAGCAAACAGGUUGAAGCAGUUAUAACUGAAGACUCUGAUCUUAUACCAUUUGGUUGUCCAAGAAUCAUCUUUAAAAUGGACAAGUUUGGUCAUGGCGUUGAGUUUCAGCAUUCCAUGCUGCAAAAGAACAAAGAGCUUAGUUUUGAUGGGUUCACCCGCCAAAUGCUUCUUGAAAUGUGUAUAUUCAGUGGCUGUGACUAUCUGCAGUCCUUGUCAGGUAUGGGUCUCAAAAGGGCUCAUGCGAUUAUCAAAAGGUUCAAAAAUUAUGACAAGGCUCUUAAGCACUUGAGAUUCAAUGGAGUUUCCGUCCCUUCCUCUUAUGAAGAAUCAUUCAAGAAGGCUAUAUUGACUUUUCAAUAUCAACGAGUUUAUGAUCCAAUCAGGGAAGAUAUUAUUCAUUUGUCUGAUGUACCAGCUGAUAUUGGUGAUGACUUAGACUUUUUAGGACCAUCUAUGCCUAAAGAAACGGCUCAAGGAAUAGCAAAAGGGGAUCUUGAUCCAUUUAGCAAAAUGCCAUUUCAGGUAGAGAAUCUUACUGCUGGAUUGGCAAUGGAGAGGGCUUCAGAAAUAAAAGCGUCACAUUCCAAAAUUGCAAAGAAAAAGUUAGAUUUACCAGUGCAGAAGAAUGUUUUGACCAAGUAUUUUUGUUUUGCAUCUCUGGAAGCAAAAAGAAAAUUCAUAGCACCUCGGAUGUCACCUACUGCUACAGAUCAAAGCACAUUGGGCUCAUCUUCUGUCAGUCCCCAGGAUCACGAGACUUUGGAGGCUGCUGCUGCUAAAACAAACAGAUCUGCUGCAUCCUUAGUUGACUCUGAAUUUUUUGCCAAUGUACCUCCCGUUGAUAACUGUGUCGAAAACAGGCUGCCCACCAAAUUUAUAGAGUUGAUGGAAUUUUCACGUUUCAGUGAGAAGAGGAAAAAUCCAGAAUAUACUAUACUGCGACAGCUAGAGCCAAUUCAUAAACCUUGUCUGGGGUUGUAUAAGGAGCAUAAGGAUACGAAUGUCGAAGACUCUAUUGAGGGCAAGACUAAGGAAGCAACAAGAAAGGUCCGUGUAAGGAGUCCUCAUUUUCAGCAAAAACAAGAAGAAAAGGAUAAUUGUGACCAAAAGCAAGAUUCCUUGGUCGAAGAUGAUUUUUCAAUUGGUGAUCAUAAAAGUACCUUAUCUGACAGUGCUUCAGGCAAAGUUGAAGAUAAGGGGAAGACUGCAGAGAUAACAAGAAAGGUCCUUGUAAGGAGUCCUUCUUUUCAUCAAAAGCAAGAAGAAAAGAAUAAUUGUGACAGAAAGCAAGAUUGUUUAAUCAAAGAUGAUGUUGCCACUGGCGAACAUAAAAAUACCAUAUCUGACAGAGCUUUAGGCAAAGCUGAAGAUACUAUUGAGGGAAAGACUAAGCAGGCCACCAGAAAGGUCCUUGCAAGGAGUCCCUUUUUUCAGCAUAAGCAACUAGAAAAGAAUAAUAGUGAUCAAAAGCAAGAUUGUUUGGCCAAAGAUGAUGUUGCCAUUGAUGAACCUAAAAAUACCACGACUGGCAACCAUAUGAUGAAUAAAGUCCUGAAAAGGAAGACCUCCCCUGCUGACAGUGCUCAAAGGGAAAACUUUCAUCCCGGCAACAUGCUUCCCGCCUCAACUCUUCCUGACAAUGAGUGUAAUCCUGAAGAGAAGUUUGGUGCAAAUAUUUCCCACCUAGACCAUUACUCAAAAAUAUCGGAGAAAUCUAUGGAAAAAUUUGCUGCAAUGUUAUCAUCCUUCAGAUACACUCCAUCUGGUUCUCGUGCCAGCGGUCUCCGUGCUCCUCUUAGGGAUGUUCAGAACACUUGUAACACCAGGCCAAAACCUGUGGACUUUGAGCAAUUUGCGUAUGUGCCAAAAAAACAGAAGACUGACGGAUUAAGUCGAUGGGGCUAAUUCAAGUUUAAGCAGAGAUGUGAUUGGCUAAGGUUUGUGUCAUCUAUUCAGCCAUGGCAGUAACCUAUAUCAGAUCUUUUUCCUCCCUUUAGUAGCAGAGUUAGAUUGCUGAUCUAACCUCCCAUUUGCGUGUGAUUCCUUUCCCUGUAGUGUUUAUUCUUAAACACUCUUUUUUGGAUCAAUUUAGCUUCAGCUCAUCAUUUACAGUGAAAGUAUUGGUCAUGUCAUGCUUCCACCUCCCUGAUUGAUUGUACUCAAUAUUCAGUGUAAGUGUACAUGAUACCAUUUCUGUUGUAUAUCCAAUUAUCAAUUCUUUACUGACUGAUUGAAAUUGAAAAUGAAGUUAAUC